AUGUGUGAAAAACGAUUCCCCCUUUUCUCCGUUCCUCCUCCACGCGCACCCAGCUCUGCUCCGCAUGCGAACCUCUUCCUUUCUAAUAAGGUUUCUCCCCCCUGCGUGCCUCCUCACCCGCGCGCAAUCCCUCUCCCCCCUGCUUUCCCCCCUCUCCUCCCUCCCUCCCCCCCCCUCCCCCCCCCCCUCGCGCCUUCCCCCCCCCCCCCCUCUCCCCUCCCCCCCCCCCCCUCUUCCCCCCCCGCUUCCCUGCCCCUGCGAAUCUCCUCCUCCCCGGUGAAUCCCCUUUCCCCCCCGCGCGGAUCUCCCCCCAAGGCGCCAGCAGCGGCGCGGAGACAGCGCUGCGAGGCGCGUGCGCAACACGGAGGCGGGGGAGGCCGCCAAAGCCGCCAUCAUCAAAGACAUCAAGGCGCGAUGCGCGGAGGCGGCGGGGGUUCCGGCGGCGGUGCGCGAGCGCGUGAGCGUGAUGCCUCUGGAUCUGGCGUCGCUCAAGUCGUCAUUCUACCUUUCCUCUUUACUUCAUCUGCUCGUCCAAACCCUUCCCCCCCUCGACGCACCCACCCCACUGUCCCCUUUCCCUCCUCGCUUCCCAUCCCACAACCCCCCCUCACCCUCCCCACCAAUCCCCCAUCCCACAACCCCCCCUCACCCUCCCCACCAAUCCCACCACGGCCCAUCCAACCUCACCCAACCCCUCCCCACCCCACUCCACUGGGCAGCAACAACGCGGGCGUGAUGAUAUGCCCGUUCAUGCUUACAGCGGACGGGUAUGAGAACCAGUUCGGCACCAACCACGUGGGUAAGUGUUGGGGAGCAGCAACCACGUGGGCUGAUCACACCACAUCUCCACCGCCUUUUUCUCCCUCUUUUUUCCGCCCCCCUCCCCCUCUCUUCCCUUUCAUCCCCUUUCCCCCUUCCCCUGCACACAUCCCCCACCCAAUUGCAUUGCACGCCCUACCCAUUGCAGGCCACUUCCUGCUGACCAACCUGCUGCUGCCAAAGCUCAAGGAGACGGCCAAGCAGGAGGGCGCAGAGGUGCGCAUUGUGGUCGUGUCGUCCGCCGCCCACCAGUUCCCGUACCCGGGCGGCAUCCGCUUUGACGCCAUCAACGCCAAGGAGGGAGGGGUACGACUCCAUGAAGGCCAGGAGGAGGGUGCAGGUGUGACAGUGAACGCGUUGCACCCGGGGGGUGCGGCCACCUCAUGCUUCCUGGCGGCGCACCCCUCAGUGGCGGGUGCAAGUGGGGGCUACUACGCAGACGCGCGGGCAGCUGAGGGCAAGGCGACGGUUUUGAGCAAGGACAUGGAGCUGGCUGGGAAGCUGUGGGAGCUGAGUGAGCAGAUGGCCAGCAAGGAGUGA